AGAGGACCAACACAAGAUGCCGCUUGCGUCAGUUGGUGUCAGGUCAGUAGUAUAAGGAGAUAGCUUGGAUUUGAGCAGAAAACCAUAGGUGGCUGUGCUUUCUACCGCAAAGCCAUUUUAGCCUCAGAAAGAUGGUUUCAGAAUGCAGCCUGUUUUUGAAGGGUGUGAUGCUCGGAAGUACCGCCUUUGCCUUGAUCACGGUGUUUGGACACCUUAGGCCAGGUCGCAGAAACAGGAUGCAUAACCACGAACAUCACCACCUGCAAGCUCCUAACAAAGAAGUUUUAAAAAUGUCAGAAGCCGAACGCGUGGAACUUAGUAACAGCAUCCGGGUUUACUGUAUCAUUCUUGUCACACAUCAAAAUGUGAGUUUGUGGGCUGCAGUGAAGGAGACUUGGGCCAAACACUGUGAUAAAGCCGAGUUCUUCAGUUCUGAACAUGUUGGAGUGUUCGAGUCAGUCACCGUGAAUGAAACUGACACCUGGUUGAUGAUCAAACAAGCUUCCAUAUAUGCCUCUAAUAAAUACAAAGACCAAUAUAACUGGUUCUUUCUUGCAUAUCCCACCACAUUUGCUGUUAUCGAAAACUUAAAGUAUUUUUUGUUAAGAAAAGAUCCAUCACAACCUUUUUAUCUAGGUCACACUGAACGUUUCAGAAGCCUUGAAUAUGUGAGUGUGGAGGGAGGAGUUGUCUUAAGUAUAGAAUCAAUGAAAAGAUUCAACAGACUUUUCACUGUCAGUUCAAGUGAGUGUCCGGAAGAGGAAACAGGGAUUUGGGGGAUGGCUGAAGAUCUGUCGCUAGCACACUGCCUGGGUUAUGAGGGAGUGUUGGCAGAAAAUGCUGAAGACGAGGAAGGAAAAAAUUUAUUUAAUACCAAAACUAUUGGGAUGUUUAUUAAAGAGGCAAUUACUGACUACCCGAACGAUAUCAUAGAAGGAUGUUGUUCUGACAUGGCCAUCACUUUCAGUGGACUGACUCCUGAUGAGAUGCAAGUGAUGAUGUACGGGGUGUACCGUCUUAGGGCAUUUGGACAUAUUUUCAAUGAUGCUUUGGUUUUUUUACCUCCAAAUGGUUCUGACAAUGACUGAAAAAUAGUUAGAGCCUGUAUUUGAUAACUACAGAAGCCCUAGUAGCUGCAAAAAAUAAUAUACCCAACACAGGAGAGUGCCUCUUUCUUGGUCUAAUCAUAUUGUGUUAUUACACACUGAAGUUCAAUUUAUAUCCUUAGAUAAUGUGUUAUUUUCCCUUAAAGUACUUGUAAAAUUUUUACAUG